CUUCCGCUUCCGCCGCCCCGCGCAUCCCCGGCGGCCGCCGCUCGGCCCAGCGCAGGCGGCAGCGGCCCCGGGGAAGGAGCCGCCGGGAGCCGGGGAGCGGGAAGCGGGUGCGGAGCGAGGGCGGGCGGCCCGAGGGGGGCCGGGCCUUGGCGCGGUGCUCUGGCCGUGCCCCACCUCGCAGAGAGGCCUGGCUGGAAGCGGGGCUUUGGGGGCAGCCGCAGCCGUGUGGCGGCUCCCGCCUGGGGGAGCGGGCGGGAGAAGGGCCCGGUCGUUUGGAGACCCGCACCGGCCGGCCUUGCGCUGGGCCCGGGCAGGCGGCAGAGGAGCCGCUCGCACCUGGGCAGCCCUGGAGCCCUGCUGCUGGUCGGUGGAUGUGGGGGCAAGUAGGUGCUUAGCACUAAUAAGGGAUUAAAAGAUGUUUCACGAAGCUGCGUGUUGGCUCCUUACGCUUUGGGGCCAUUCCGGGGCUCGCCCCGCUGUCUGCCCGGCUGCUCUGAGGGGUUAGGCCGGCCAGGCCGAGCUGCUGAGGAAUGGAAGGGACGGGGAGCAGAAGCGACAACCCCUCCUCAGUCGUCGCGGACUGGAGUUUGGUGUUUUGGACCCUGUGCGCUGUGAUCCUGCCCGUGCUCAUCACCUUGUGGUGCAGCUUCCAGCGGUCCCGGCGGCAGGUGUUGAUCCGAGACAUCUUUCGCAAGAGCAAGCACGACUGGCACUACACAGACCUCUUCAGCCAGCCCUCCUACUGCUGCGUGUGCGCCCAGCACAUCCUUCAGGGCGCCUUCUGCAACUGCUGCGGCCUGCGUGUCAGCGAGGGAUGCCUCAAGAAGGCCGACCAGCUCUUUCACUGCAAGGAGAUCAUGAUGGGGAGCAACGGUGGAGCCCACAGCUCGAUGCCGCACCACUGGAUCAGAGGCAACGUCCCGCUCUGCAGCUGCUGUAUGAUGUGCAAACAACAGUGCGGCACGCAGCCCAAGCUCUGCGACUACAGGUGUGUGUGGUGCCAGUGCACUGUACAUGAUGAAUGCAUGCUGGACUGUUUGAAGACUGAGGAGUGUACAUUUGGAGAAUUCAGAGACUUAAUUAUUCCACCGUACUAUUUGUCUACAAUCAACCAGAUGCGCAAAGACAAAAGAACCAAUUAUGAAAACGUAGUACCUUACUGCAGAAAACACUGGACGCCAAUAAUCAUACUGGCUAAUACUCGUAGUGGAAACAACAUGGGUGAAACUCUACUGGGAGAAUUUAAAAUUCUGCUGAACCCUGUUCAGGUGUUUGAUCUCAGCAACAUCACACCUGCUAAAGCACUCCAGCUCUGUACCUUGCUGCCUUGCAACGCCGUCAGGGUUCUCGUCUGCGGUGGGGAUGGCACAGUCGGCUGGGUCCUGGAUGCAAUCGAUGAAAUGAAGAUAAAGGGGCAAGAACGUUAUAUUCCACAAGUUGCAAUUUUACCUCUGGGAACAGGUAACGACCUGUCUAAUACACUGGGCUGGGGUGCCGGUUACGCUGGAGAAGUCCCUGUUGAACAAAUCUUACGAAAUGUCAUGGAGGCAGAUGGAAUCAAACUAGACAGGUGGAAGGUACAAGUAACAAACAAAGGAUACUACAACCUAAGGAAACCAAAGGUGUUCACAAUGAACAACUACUUUUCUAUAGGACCUGAUGCUCUCAUGGCUUUAAAUUUUCAUUCUCAUCGUGAGAAGACUCCCUCUCUGUUUUCCAGCAGAAUUAUUAAUAAGGCUGUUUAUUUUUUUUAUGGAACCAAAGACUGCCUAGUACAAGAAUGUAAAGAUCUUAACAAAAAGGUUGAGCUAGAGUUGGAUGGCGAGAGAAUCGAGUUGCCCAGUUUGGAAGGCAUCAUUGUCCUGAAUAUUGGAUACUGGGGAGGUGGCUGUAGGCUCUGGGAAGGAAUGGGUGAUGAACCUUAUCCCUUGGCAAGACAUGAUGAUGGGCUUCUGGAGGUUGUUGGUGUUCACGGUUCUUUCCACUGCGCACAGAUUCAGGUGAAACUGGCAAAUCCUGUUCGCCUGGGGCAGGCACACACAGUCAGGCUGAUCUUGAAGAGUUCCAAGAUGCCGAUGCAGGUGGAUGGAGAGCCGUGGGCUCAGGGGCCCUGCACCGUUACCAUCACUCAUAAGACACACGCACUGAUGUUGUAUCACUCGGGUGAACAAACAGAUGACGAAGCUUCCAGCAUGUCUGAGCAAGACCAUUUGAGAGAACAGACGGAUGAAGAUGUAUAGAUUUGGUGGAAUUUCACAUCAUACAGCGGUGACCUUCAGCUCAUUGAAAACACUGAGGACGCCUAAUCUAGAUUAAUGUUCAUGCCAUGAGGUUCAUACCUGUGAAUGAACUGGAGCUGAGGAAAAAGCCAUGCUUUCACGUUCAUGAAAACUUUCACAGCUGAAUUACCACAACUGUUUUGCCUUUCAGAUUGGUGGCGAUGCCCAGCCCUUCUAGCUGGGGGAGGCAGAUACUGCAUCCCUUCCUUGCUGUGGAAUCACAUCUUCUGCACAUACACAGUGCAGUGUGAAAAAUGCUUGAUACCUUGGAAAGGAGAAUAGCUGGGAGUUUGACCUCCUUCCACUUGCCUUCUUCCCCAGACCAGGAAACCAGACCAAGUAGGAUGUGGGCUGAUUUUCUGACAGCGGCCUGCUGCUGGCUCUUGGGAGCAGGGCAAAUCAUUUUCAGUGCACCUGCUCAUGCAGUGCAUUAUCUAACAGGCUUGACUGGGAGAGCAGAGCAUCUGGGAGCUCUUGGGAAGGUGGUUAGCAAGAAAGAAAGGGAUCAAAUGUUUCUGGAAAUGUUCUGUCAGCAAAUGACAUUUUUCAGUGGCUUUGUAAGUUAUAGAAUACUCCUAAGGUUCCAAGUACCCAAGAUACAACUUCAAAAUAAUUGUACUGUGACGUGCACUGAAUGGUCCUGUGACUGACUCUGCUUCAGUCCAGUGAGAGGCUAAUUCUAGUUUUUGUAAAUAACAGCAUCUUAGUUCUUGAGGAGGCUUUUUGGAGGAAAACAUAGACAAAGGAGCUGUCUGAUUUAGCUGUUUGCAGGAGGGGUUUUGAAAAAAUAAUGAUAAUUGGCAAAUGUGGCUUGUUAAAGAUCUUGCUUCAUAGUCACCUGAAAACGAUCAAUAGCAAGUCAGUCUGUUAACUGUUUAAUUGUGGAGGUUGAGACCCAAUUUUGCAGAGGUUAGCAAAUUCUGGUGUUCAUGCAUAUAACUCGAUAGAGAAGAAACGCAUUUGUUUUCUGACUGGCUCUUACAGGGUCAAAGAUACCUUGGGCCUGAAACUUCAUUUCCUCUGUGAAUAUAGGAUGAGAAAAAGGCUGGUGGUUUAUUCUGAUAGUAAAGGUUAAGAACACAUGCAGCAGGACACGAAACUGUCAGUUUUGCAACUCUGAAGCUUCUCAGGUUAAAAGCCGCUCAGGUGAUAACAUCUCCAUGGUUAACAGGAGUAAAAAUCUGCUUUUUCUUUUCUGUGGUAGGUAUAUUAGGCCUGCAGCAGGUGAGAGGUGCGAGUCGAGGUUUAAAAUAUGUAAGAAAUUCAGUUAAGUCCAGCUGAGUUACUGAAGGUGAUCUUUCAAUUAGGAAGAGAAUUUAUGCUGAACGUAUCAUGUGUAAGCCAAGAUCAUAGGAUAAACUGAGGGCCUUUGAACUUUGAAUGUGGCUGCUUUUGUCAGACCUCCCCCAAUCUUUCCUUCUUUUUGUGCUAACCGAAGGCGAUAUCAUGGGGGUAAAUAGGCUGUGUUUCUAGGUUUUGUAAAAUGGAACGGUUUUUCAACCAUCUAUAAAAUGACAUUUGCAUUAAUGGUGAAUGAACUAUAAUUUAAAAUAAUCUAUCCAAACCUUGGCAAAGUGAGUAUUUUUAAAACCCUCAAUUGUAAUCCUCUUUGGAGAGCAUUUUUAACUUGACAGUAUUUGUUGUAGAAAGUGUAUGUACUAGGUCUUAAAUACUACUGAUUAUCGGUGAAUUUAUAGCUGCCUGAAAAUGUGAUGAGAGUGUAAAGAACUGUAAAGGGGAAGCCAUUUGUAAAUUCCAUGUUCAUUAGUCUUCUACACCUUAUCUUAAUUAUUUUAUGUAGAUACAGAGGACAAAUUAAUAGCUAAAUCUAUGUAAAAAGUGUUUAAAAUACCCCAAAGUAUACUAUGUUAGAUAAAUCCACUACCCUUUGUUGUUGUUAUGAGGUUCAAAUUGUAUUAGCUUCAAAAAUCUUACUGGUUAUUAAUUAUUUUUAGUAACUUGUAACCAUCAGCAUCCUAAAAAUAAUUGAGUUCUGUGCUGUGGUUCUUAAGGUGACUGUUGUUUACAAACAAGUGACAAGUCUGGAAAAGCAGGGUAUGUGCUAUGAACAGCAGUAUUGACUGAGGAUAAAUGAUAGCGCUGGCUACUUGAUCUAAACUAGUCAUGAUACAGUUCAAAGAGUUACCCAGAGUUGAUCAGAUCAUCAUUCCAAUUGUUUUGUAGCUUAAAAACCGUGCUGUUUCACAAACGCAGCGGCAGCCCCUUGGGAAAUUGUAUUUAUGGUAUGGAGAAUAUUCUCGGAAGUUGAAGUGUUCCAGCUCCCAGUCAGACGUGGGCUCAUCCUUCUGUGGUAACUACAUGGAGCUGUCAUACACAUGACAAAAAUAAAAGGUUGUUUUUAAACAUGAAGCGUUAGCACUAGAAUUUGUUGGGAAGUCUUGCUGUUUCCCACAUGCUGUCCUUUGAUUUCAAAGUAUCCUCCUUUCCAGUAUGUUGCAAAUUGGAUUAAAGCCUAUUUUUUAUUUACUUAUGGCACUGGUUUUAGUCCAACGGCAGACAGUAGAUGUCAGCAACAGGCUCCCAGAUUCUAAUGCUAACGUAAGUGAACUUUCCUAGUUUGUAAUAUAGCUGCAGCUGCCCGAUGUUGUCACGUGUGGUGUGACUGUAAAACUGUUAAGUGCUUUUUUAAUGUUGUAGGUUCAUAAAGUACCAAUAUAAGUAGCUACUCUGUAGCUCUUCUGAAAAUAGAUUGGAAACCUGAAAAUACUGCAGCGCAUUCUCUGUUUAGAAGAGGGUACUCUGCAGCACAGAGUUCUCCCUUACCUUGUUAAUGAUUAGCAUGACAAGAAUUGUGAAAGCAAUGUUUCGAAAAGUCAAAUCACAAAUAGUUUCCUUUGGCAGUCUGCAUACAGUGCACCUUUGUGUCAAACAUACAGGGUCAAUAAUGACAUCAAUUGUCAAGCACUCAAAAGUGAAUUCACAAAGUUUAAGUUUUAGUGCUGCAUAUACCAGCCUAACUGAAGCUGGGCCAGAUCCCAGUGACUCUUGACUGUAGGUUCUCAGUUGUGUGACUUGCAAUACGAAAACCCGAAGGGUGUCUGCAGCUGCCUGCCUGCUCCAGCCUCGCUUGUUCACUCCUUGGGAAGAUGUGUGUGGAUGUUCUCAUGUGCGCAGAACUUCAUGUUGUAGGCUUAGCUUUACUUUGUUUUCACUUCAGCAAUUCAUAGCGGGGUUGAAGUGUUUCAAAUGCCACCUGUAUUUUGGCUCUUUCUCCAUGUUUGGACUUUUUAACAAGGUGUCUGAAAUCCAAACUUUUAUUCUUUGUUUUCAAAACCAGCUGAGGUGAAUGGCAUUCGCUUGUUUUUUUUCUAAGUACAUGUAUUGUUCCUGGUGUUUAAAGCAGAUUAGGGUAGUACUUGGAACACCCUUUUUAUAGCACUUUGGGUGGAUUACAGUUAUUAACAUAGUUUUGUAUUUUCUUUCUACUGCAAUGGCGAUAUUUCUGCUUCAAAAUCAUUUGGAAUUAUGCUCAGAUUUUAACAUUUUUCUCAGCGUUGUUAUGAAUUGCAUUUUGUGUUCAUAAUGUAAAGACUUCAUAGCAGAAUUUAUGCAUUUGAUACUUUUUUAAUAUAUAUUCACUUUCAAUGUUGCCCCUUCAUUUAGGGUUGUUUUUCCAGGUCUUGCUUUUCUCAGGCACUCAGUAACUUGAAACACCAUUCACUUUAGUUAGAAGCUUUAAGAACUUGCUCUUGGAAAACAGUUUGUCCUGGUUGCAAACCGAAGCGCUGCCACGUUCGAAUGUGCUCAAAGCGAAUCACCUUACUGAGGCAGUGCUUACAGCAAGAGUAAGUUAAAAGUCUCUCUGUAUAACUUGUGCUGAUUCAGAUUGAGAAUUUGUUCCCCUGUAUAUUUUAUCUUGCAAGUAUUUACAGCUACUCAGUAAGUACUUCUUUCCCUCAGUCAUUUAAUUACUUAUUUUAUGCUGGCUUACUGUCAUUUACUGUUGGGACAGUAUCAAAAGCUCUGCUGAAAUCAAGAAGAUGAGUUUCUCUUCUGUGCGCUUUAUCCUUCAUGCCAGGCAGCUGGUCAGACAGGACAGUUGCAGUGGCUUCACACAGCUUAUUCUUAGCCUGGUGACCCACCGGUUUGGCUUUUUCAGUCGCCAUCACCACACCUCAAGAUGUUAGAAGGGGCUCCAAAGGUAGAAUGUUCCCAGUCCCCCUGACCUGUUUUUGCUCUUUGCAGCUCCCCAUUGCCCCCAGUUCUGAGAACUGGUCGUUACAGGGUCUGGUUUCGGUUUGGCCGGUUCUUGUGGUUCUGCGUUACGAUGCACUGAAGCUCGCAGCUUUUCCAGUGGAUGUUACUUAGCUGUGAACAGCAUGGCAAUGUCAGUGUUAUAAUGCUUGCUUGUUUUUCCUUGGCAACAAAUGCUAUUUGGUAGAGCACCACUGUAGCCAAGUUAAUCUUUGGGUAAGAGGAGAAUACUUGGGAAUCUUUGCAUGUGUUCUAACUGAAAAUCCUUUUUGUUCUGUGUUUCAUACUGACUACUGGCAGUUUUCUUCCUUUGGAAAAGAAAAAAGAUUCAGCACUUCAGUUAAGGGUAAACUAGAAUAUCUGCAGAUUGAAAAAUAGUAGUAGUGUAACUGAUCCUGUUGAAUGUGAACCACUGAUUUUAAAAUGCUCUGACUUUUUGUUGUUAAAUUAUAGAUGCUUCCUGAACACAGGAAUGAGAUAAGAGACCCCUUGUUUGUUUAGCAAAUAGGUGCGUUGAGAGGAUUUACAUGUUCUGCGUUUCAACGUCGCUUAGGCCACAGUUCUGAAAUUACCAACAUGUCAUUGUCACUGAGCGUGCUGGUUGCCCUGGGAGGUGUUGGACUCAGCCCAGUGAUGUUACGCAGGCUUAGGGUAGCUGAGCAUCAGCCCUUUGCUGUUCAAAAGCACGAAUGUAUUCAAAAUUUUACUUUGUUUCUUGUUAAUACUACCCUGCUCGCUGUGGUUCAUACCCCUCUUGAUGUAUGUAAUUAAUUUUUUGCAUUGUUUCAUUUGCAACUUGUUCGUAGAGCUCAGCGUAAGAGUGGUUUAUUUUUAAGUGGGAACUUCGGUUGUGAAUGUGUUGAAUUUUGUAUCUUCAAAGUUUACAUCCCUCAAAAGCCAUUUUGUCUGCUCCCAACUGUUGGAAUCCCUUGAGUACCUCCAGACAUCUUCUCUUUCAGGAUUUUUAUAGGUAAACAGAAUGAAUUUUUAUUUUUGUAGCUUUAACUUCAAUAUGUAUAGUAGUUAUUUCUAUUUAGUAAUUGGUGAUCAGAAUACUGUAAGAACGUUACUUUUAAGAGCUGUAACUUUAAGUUAGUGAUAACUACUUACAAAAAAAUACCAGCAUGUUAACAGUUAAAAAAAAGUUGUUCUAUAGCUUGGAAAUACUGUGAAGCUGUGAGUUGGCAUUUGUAUUGAAUGUGCUUGUGCAUAUAUUCUGAAGUUGCACUAAAUAGGGGGGAAAAAAGAGCUUAGAAUGCAAGUAAUAGAUCAAAAGGUAGAAUUUAUAACAUCUUAGGUUUUGGUUUUGUGGGUUUUUUUUCAACCAAAAAAGGUAACAUUUGGGUUUCAGCUCUUCUCUUAGUUUUCCCACAGAAGAGGCAGGAAGGAUUGGUCAGUCUGCUCUGGACACAACAGUUUCCAUAUGGUGCAGUCUGAGAUGUGUCAUUUAGUGCCCAAACAUGAGCAAAAGCCGCCUGUGCCAUUCCUGCCUCUCUCAGAAAGCAAAAGCUCAGAGCAAACCUCGGUGCUCGCGGCUGUGAAGUGCGUGAGAUCUUACUUGCAAAGAAGUAAAACAACCAACAUAAUAUUGAACCUGCAAUAUAAAUGUUUAAAGUCAAAAUUUGUUAAUUUUUUCUUGGCAUGAAGUGAUGCUUUCAAAUCCCAAACCGUUUCUCGUUUGUUUUUGUAAAGGCGGCAGGCUGCGAUGGGAGGGUGAGGAGCUAUCACUGUAAGACUCCGUCACACAAGCUGCAGUGUGUCCUCUCUUUGCCGUGCAGGCACUGGCAGCGUGACCGUGGAACACGCUGUGUUUGCACCCUCGUUGGCUUGAUCCAGGGUUCCUGAAGUGGGUGAUAGUACCACAGGCCCCGGUAAUUGUGGUGUUUCCUCAAGUGAUUGAUUACACGUGGGCGAUGUGUGUUGUACUGUUGGAGUACUUGGGCCAGGUUCUGUCUGUAAGAAGCUGCAACUUGCGUGAAGCUGCGGAAGGCCCCCAGUUCUGUGGUUGUGCUCCACAGUAACUCAGUGGAAACUAAAGCAGCUUUUCAGUUGUCUUGGCCUGUUUCUUGUGACUUAAGCUCCCAGAAGGCCCCUUAGAGAAACACCUGCUCCAUACUCUUCAAAUAAGUUUGUAAAUACGAAUUUUUCACAGCACUGACUCUGUUACUGCAUUUCCUAUCGCAUCUUCUUGGUGUCUUGUUAUUUGUACUGUAUUUCUCUGUAGAUUAAAGUGUGUGGAUUAAAGUAUUUAAACUCA